GAACACCCUGUUUUCACUGAAUUUGUCUCUGUUCUUCCCAGUCUCUUCUCCUUUCUUCUGGUUGCAGAGUUGCUGUAAUAGCACCAAGAUAAACAAGAGCCUAUGAGGACUUGCACCUCCCUCGCAGAUGGAAGGCUCCAAGGAAAAAAUCAUCUUGAAUAUUGGGGGAGUCAGAUAUGAGACAUACAGCAGCACCCUCCGGACCUUCCCAGGGACCAAGCUGUGCAGCUUAACAGAGCCCCAUGCCCCAAGCAUCUAUGACUAUGAUCCCACCACCAAAGAGUUCUUUUUUGAUAGGAGUGCUGAGAUCUUCAGCUAUGUGUAGAACUAUUACAGGACCAAACAUUUCCACUGCCCCAUCAAUACCUGUAGGUCAGUCUUAGAAGAAGAGUUGACUUUUUGGGAAAUAAAUGAGACACAGCUAGCAUCCUGCUGCUGGCUGAAGCUGAAUAAUAAAGAGGUCCAUCCAGAGGAGUUUAACAUUUGGGAUGAAAAUGAACAGACUGAUGACCAAUGCCUCAUAGUCCAGACAGAAAGAAGGGAUUUCAGCUGGUGAACCAGGUGGCAGCCAAAGAUUUGGUCUCUAUUUGAAAAACCCUUUUCCUCUUUCAGUGCUAAGUGCUUGGCUUUUAUUUCUCUGCUGUUCAUCGUUGGAAUUGUCAUCAUAUUCUGUGAGGAGACCAAGGCACAAUUUGAGUUCUUUACUGCUAACUUCACCUCUGUUGGCUAUUCUGCUGUCUCCCACAACGACCAUGAACCCUAUUACCACCAGGCUGUCUACUUGCUUCACCUGGAGCUUUUCUGCGUUCUCUGGUUUACUUUUGAGUUCUCCGUGCGAUUUUGUUUCUGCCCAGACAAGAAGUUGUUCUUCCAAAAUCCCCUGAACGUGGUUGACUUCCUCGCCCUCUUCCCAGUUUAUAUUGAGCUCUUUGUGGCUGGGCAGAUUCAGAGAAUGCCAAGCCUGGGGCUUUGGUUGGGCUUUGUUCGCAUUGUCUAUCAUCUCCUCAAACUCCUGUAGAUAUCCAAGCCGAUAGAAACGCCACUGAUCCUGAGGGUUCUGUGCUACACUCUCAAGUCUAUCCUCAGAGAGAUUUGCAUCCUGCUGAUGAUUUUGGCCUUUGAGACCCUCUUCUUUGGUGCUCUCUUUUUCUAUGGGGAGUUGCUUGGUAGCCAUCCCUCCUACACAGGGGAGCUGCACUUCACUGACAUUCUUGUUUCCUUCUGGUGGGCUUUGAUCACACUCACUACAGUGGGCUAUGGAGAUAUUAUCCCUCUCACCACAGUUGGCCAAGUGACGGCAGCCUUAGCUGCGGUAUUCGGCAUGUUAACUAUUAUUAUCCCAAUACCUAUUUUCCUGGUGAAAUUUAAAAGCUAUUACAACAUUGCUAACUUCAAACAGAAGCUGAAAAGGAGCAAGAAACAUUAACACUUCAGAACUUCUGUUCCCUUUUGCCUUUAGCAGUAAACCUUCAGCAUGGUUUAUUCCCUUGGUGGGAAGGGAGUGCAAAUAGUUCUUACUGCAUUUACUUGCUGCCUUAGCAUGUUUCAAAUGAUUGCUUAGGCCUCAGGUUGCAGUACUUGAUACACAACUGAUCAGACCUGUUGAAUCCCAUGGGUCUUUCCCAUAUUGUACUUCAUCCCAUGCUCUUUUACAUGCCUCUCUCUCAUCUAGCUGUUUGGAGGCAGGCUGUGAUGCUGCAUUAUAGCCUGAAUGUGCACCACAUAGCCCAGUUCCAUGACCUGGGGCCACAGCAUAUUCCCUCAGCUGGCAUACACCCCAUGACACUAGCUAUGCCCUCCAUCACCUGACAGACCAUAAUCUCAUUUUGUAUGCUGGGAAAGAAGAUUUGUGCUCGGUCCUGCUCUGACAGUGAGGAGGAAGCCUGGGUAUUUUUUUUUUUUAACAAUGUUCUGUUUCCUCCUUUUACCUAAACAAGCCAGUACAUCUGAUUUGCCUGCACUCACACACAUGUAAAGAAGGCAGCAGUUUGAACUGAAUAUCUGUGGUCCUGAGAGCCAGCACUGUUUGAUAACCUGCUUUGCGGGCUCACAGGAACUGCUGUGGCAUUCGGGUAGCAGCAAGGGAGCCCUCUGACAGCAAAUCAUUUUUGGCUCUGCUGAAUUCAAUGGCAACCUUUCCUUGACCUCAGUGAGAUCAAAAUUGCAUUGGAAACUUUCAGUGGAUGAACACAUUUCAACAGUUCUUGAUUUUUAUGUAACAAAGUCACUGAGCUAUUAGCCAAAAUAUCUAUAUGGGUUUUGCUGUUCAAAACAUAAUCUACAGUACUCAAUAUUAUUUUAAUGUAAUUUACUUUCUUAAGGCAUAGAUAUAAACUAGGAAUAUUUAUCUUUUAACUAACUGGAUAGUCUUAAUUGUUACCUAUGAUUAAUUUUGAAAUAACAAAUAUUGUUGAGCUAUGAAAAAAACCCCACAUCCCAUUGUUUAUAUAGCAGGAUGAUGUGCUAAGAUUAUUUCGUUUAGUAAGUAAAAAUUUCUGUAUACAAUAACAUUUAUGUAUUUAAAUUUCAUUAAGGCUGUAUUUUUAUUGCAAUUUUGAUUAAGUUUUGUCUGUCACUACGACUUUCCUGUUCAGGAUAGCAUUUUAA